ACUGCUAAAAGGAGUGUAGCCUACUCGUCUGGGCCAUGAUUUUCGUCUCUUAAAUGAGCUUGUUUUUUAUUUACAUGUUAAAAAGAGACGCCCAAUACUGGUAGUUUGACAGUGAGGAAAAUGGACGACCUGGAGAAGCAGCUUAUUUGCCCCAUUUGUUUGGAGAUAUUUUCAAAACCAGUGGUGAUUCUUCCAUGUCAACACAACCUUUGCCGCAAAUGUGCUAACGAUGUCUUUCAGGCAUCCAACCCCUACCUACCCACAAGAGGUGGCUCGCUUACAUCGGGAGGCCGUUUCCGUUGCCCAUCCUGCAGGCAUGAGGUUGUGUUGGACCGACAUGGAGUCUAUGGCUUGCAGAGGAACCUCCUAGUGGAAAACAUCAUUGACAUGUACAAACAGCAGUCCACCAGCACCAGCAGCCAACCUGCCCCAGAGAUGAAACCAGACCAGCCCAUGUGCGAGGUUCACGAGGAAGAGAAGAUCAACAUCUACUGUGUGACGUGCAGCACCCCGACCUGUUCCAUGUGCAAAGUGUUUGGGGUGCAUAAGGACUGCGAGGUGGCCCCUCUCACCAGCAUCUACCAAAAUCAGAAGACGGAACUGACAGACAGGAUAGCAAUGAUGGUGAGCGGCAACGAGAGGAUCCAGGGUGUCAUUAGUCAGCUGGAGGAGACCUGCAGGAUCAUAGAGGAGAACAGCAGGAGGCAGAAGUCACAGGUGUGCGAGAAGUUUGACCACCUGUAUGCCAUCAUGGAGGACAGGAAGAGGGAAAUGACUCUGCAGGUGUCGGCGGAGCAGGAGGAGAAGCUCAACUACAUCCAGGGCCUCAAGCGCAAGUACAACGAACACCUGGAGGCCAUGAGCAAGAUCGUGGAGACGGGCAUUCAGACCAUGGAGGAGCCUGAAAUGGCUGUGUUCUUGCAGACAGCAAGACCUCUUUUAAAAAAAAUUGGUGAAGCCUCCGACACAUCCCAUCUGGAGAAAGUGGAGCGAGGUUACGAGAACAUGGAUCACUACACAGCUAACUUUCUGAAGCAGAGAAAAGCACUGCGUAGCAUUGACUUCAUUGUCGAGGAAGAGGAAGAGGAUGAGGAGCAGGAGGAGGAAGAAGGUGCUGGAACAGAGGAGGAGCAAGCAGAGGCGGGAGCUUCUGACUCGGUAGCCCCGCCCCUACCAGCCCAGAGCAGCCUCAAAGCCGCAUCAUCCUAGCUGAAGUUAGGAAAUACAUAGACACACACUCACACUCACACACACACACACACACACGCACACACACACAUAACACACAUUCACACAUAACCAUACACACACUCUUACGAAGACACACACUUUUAAAUGUGCUAUACAGGCAGCAAUUCAUCAUAUGUUGAAUUGAAGGGGAAAAAAUGAGUGUUGUAGGUGUAGUUUUCAGACCAAGAGAUGAUAUGGGGUAGCAUUUAGACAUAUGGUAUUUACCCAGAAGUGGAAUAAGUGGGUGAAUACUUCUGAACUUUCUUCCAGUGUGUUGCACCCUCUUUUUUUAAGUUGUCAGUCAAUCUAAAGAGGUUGUUUAUGUUGGUAAUUUCUUGUGAGACUUUUUACCCUUUUUGUUAUGGAAAAAGCCACCAUUGUGGUCGUAACACAGACAUGUACGUACACCUUAAUACACACACACACACACACACAGACACACAUAGACACACACACACACACGCACACACGCACAUGCCUAGAUAGCUAGUUCAGAGAGUAAACCAUCGGGAGUGGAAUUCUUCCAUACCGUUGUCUCAUCGGUCGGUGACUACGCUGUCUGCACCGCGUCGCCAGCACAGGAGCUGGCCUGGUGGACGCACUGAGUGCAGCUCUGGCUCAUAGACUGAUUAAAGCUAUCUGUGU